CUCCUUUCGUGUUGGUCCGAUUCGAAUCCCUGGAAUCCAAGAGAAAAAGCUCACAGCCCCAAAACUGACACUGCCAGCCCCAGCCCCAGCCCCAGCCCCGAAUGCUCCGCGCCUUCCUAGGGUUUCGCCACCCAUCGGAGAUCUCGCCACCGCCCAGAUGCCGCUCCACGACGCGCCCUCCAAGCGGCUCACCAGCUCCCGCCACCACGCCGCGCCCGGCGGCGUGGGGCAGCCCCCGCAGCAGCGCCCGCCGCGCUCCAUGUCCGCCGUCCCCUCCUUCUCCGCGCGGAAGCCGCCCGAGCCGCUGCGCCGGGCCGUCGCCGACUGCCUCUCGCCGCCCGCCCCGCACUCCCACGGGCCCGCAGCCGCCGCCGCCUCCGCCGCCACCGAGGCAUCACGCACACUCCGGGAUUAUAUAGCCAACCCAUCAACCAUCGAUAUGGCUUACAAUGUCCUGAUUGACCAUGCGCUUGCAGAAAGAGAUCGCAGCCCAGCAGUUGUCCCAAGAUGUGUGGCGUUGUUAAAGAGAUAUCUUAUCCGGUAUAUCCCAAAGGUGCAAACACUACGUCAAAUCGAUAUCUUUUGUGCAAACACGAUAGCAAAGUAUGACCCAGGGGCAAGUCACAGAGCAUCGUCAUUUGGCCAGAACUUUGGAUCAUCAGCAGCUUUGCCAAAUUCCUCUCUUGUUGCCCCACCAAUAUCGAACUUUGCUUCAGCAUCUCUUGUGAAGUCUUUGAACUAUGUCCGCUCGUUAGUCGCAAGGCACAUUCCAAAGAAGUUGCCAUUCCACCCAAUUCAUCAACCUAUUUCAUCAACCUCUACAAAACAGUCACUUCCUUCUCUUUCAUCGUUUUUAAGUAGGUCCCUAAUUCCUCCAUUGAAUCCAGAAGUUGCUACCAAUAGAGAUCAUCUUGAAUCAAAGGAAAGCCAUACUGCGCCUGAUUUAAUAUCAUCAGCAAGUGAAAAGGUUGACGGGGGAGAGCAUGGAUAUGAUAUCAAGUAUAUAUCCUUUGACAUUCUAAAUUGGAGAUGGCAUGUAUACGGUGAACGGCAAGCAUCAGGUUCUGCCAAAGAAAGCAGUGAUUUUGCGGGCCUUCAAGAUUUUCAUACACAGGGUUUUCUUGAAGUUGGUGCUGCAGCUCUUCUAGUAGGGGAUAUGGAGGCAAAGAUCAAUGAUCAACAAUGGAAAUAUUCUGUUAUACAGGAAUUUCCUGAUAUCGAUUUGUUGCAACCUUCAACUUCUACAGCUAGCACUUUUGCAUCAUCACAGGGUCAUCUGAAAGCAAUAACUGCCUCAAAACGCAUGAAAUCGGGCCCAAGCCAAGUUUGGAUGAACAUACCUGCAAACACAUUCCAGCCUCGAGCACGUCCCCUUUUUCAGUAUAGACACUACAGUGAGCAGCAACCAUUACGAUUGAAUCCUGCUGAAAUUUCUGAAGUCAUUGCUGAAGUUUGUUCAGAAACAACUUCAAAUCAGUCCAAUGCUCCAUCAAGAUUGACCACCCAGAGUCGGCAACCUUCAGCAGAUGUGGCAUUCAGUGUCCUCAUUAAGCUUGUCAUUGACAUGUAUAUGAUGGACUCUGAGGCUGCUGCUCCUCUGACACUUUAUAUGCUUGAGGGCAUGUUAAGUUCUCAAAAAUCACCUGCCAGAACGAAGGCUUUUGAUCUGAUUCUAAACCUUGGGAUACAUGCACAUCUGCUGGAGCCUAUGAUAGUUGAAGAUGCACCACCUGUUGAAAAAAGUGAAACUGCAAGCAACUCUUAUUUGAACAAUGAGUAUGGACCAAGUAUGGAUGAACAGAAGGCAACAGAACCUGUAGAAGAGCAGAGAAUUAGUCCUGCUAUUGAUCAGUUUGAGUCAUGGCUUCUGAAAAUACUAUUCGAAGUUCUCCUUCUCUUAGUUCAGAUGGAGGAGCGGCAGGAGAUUGUGUGGGCGUCAGCUUUAAGUUGUCUAUUUUACUUUGUCUGCGAUGGAGGGAAAAUCAUCAGGAGCAGACUUGGAGGUUUGGACAUAAGGGUUGUGAAGACUCUUCUUGAGAUUAGUGUGGAACACUCAUGGGCAAAAGUAGUGCACAACAAGCUCAUUUGCAUGCUGGCAAAUAUGCUGUACCAAGUACCAGAUGGAACUCAGAGUGGUGCACUUGAUACACAUUUUGUUCCUGAGCGGAUUGAUCUUCUUGGUGGAGUUGACUAUAUUUGUCUUGAGUAUUCACGAGCCAACUCAAAGGAAGAGAAGCGGGAUUUGUUUUUUGUUCUUUUUGACUAUGUAGUGCAUCAAAUAAAUGAGACAUGCUUGUCUGGUGGCCUUUCAGCAUAUACUUAUGAUGAUGCUCAACCCCUCGCUUCCCUUCUUGCAUCUGCUGAUGCUCCAGAGGCAUUCUAUAUAUCUGUGAAGCAUGGUGUUGAAGGUGUUGGGGACAUGCUUACAAAAGCUAUAUCAGCGUCAUUAUCACAGUCAGCAGAAUACGAGCAAUUAAGUGUGCUUCUGGACAAGGUUAUCAGGAAACUUGAUGGAACUGUGAGCACAUUUUCAAGGAUUGACAGCGAGUUUGCUUAUAUGAUCCAAGUAACAAAAUCCUUCAAGGGUUUCAGCAGCAUUAAAGAUGGAUCUGAAGAUGGUGAUGUUGCAUGUAGAGCAAGGUUUUGCUGGGCUACUUUGCACUCACUUCUUCACUCGCAAAUUUCAUCAUAUAGGCACCAUGGAUAUAUUUGGUUAGUUGAAUUGCUCCUCUCGGAAAUCAGUGAAGAAACCGAUGGUUCUGUUUGGUCUAAAAUCCAAACGCUCCAAGAGGAAAUUAAAGAUGCCGGAAGCCAAGAUAUCUCAUGUUCAGAAGUUUCACUGCCCGUUUGUCUGCUAUGUGGGCUUCUGAAAUCAAAAUACAACUACAUUCGUUGGGGAUUUCUAUAUGUUUUAGAGAAAUUUCUGAUGCGCUGCAAGUUAUUAUUGGAUGACAGUGACAUGCAAGAACACUCAGUUGCUUAUCAUAGCAAAAACCGCCUGGACAAAGCUUUCGCGGUUAUAGAUAUUAUGAGUACUGCUUUGCUACUUGUGGUUCAAAAUAACGAGACAGACCAUAUCAACAUCUUAAAGAUGUGUGACAUGUUGUUUUCACAAUUAUGUCUGAGGCUUCCGUCCACAAAUGUGAUGCAACUAGGAGGCCUUCAAUCCCUUGGUCAACUUUUUGGUUGUACAACUAAGAACAUGGAGAGCCAUUUGGAGACCCAGGCACCACACCAAACUGUAGGAACCAAGAAUUUUUGCAGGAGUGAGACAUUGCAAGAUACAAGCAUUAAUCAAUCUACUCAAUCGACUUUGCUUUGCGAAACAUCAAUGGCAGCACUACUUCUGAAAGGUCUCGCGAUAGCUCCGAUGCAGCUUGUAGCCCGUGUGCCAACUUCGUUAUUUUUCUGGCCGUUGAUGCAACUUGAAGGCGCUGCCAGUGACGAUAUUGCACUGGGUAUUGCUGUCGGUAGCACAGGAAGAGGCAAUAUUCCUGGUGCUACAUCAGAUAUUCGAGCGGCGCUUCUUUUGCUUUUGAUUGGUAAAUGCACGGCUGAUCAGGAAGCACUUACCGAAGUAGAAGGCAAUGAGUUCUUCAGGGGGCUUCUGGAUGAUACAGACUCAAGGGUAGCAUAUUAUUCUGCAGCUUUUCUCUUGAAGAGGAUGAUGACAGAGGAACCAGAGAUGUACCAAAGGAUGCUUCAAAGUCUCAUUUCAAAAGCUCAACAGUGUAACAAUGAGAAACUUCUGGAGAACCCAUACCUUCAAAUGCGAGGAAUAUUGCAGUUGUCAAAUGAUCUAGGAGUUCAAUAGUCACCACCGGUUUGACAUUCCAGUGUACAAAGCUUUCAGUGAGAAUUGGUACCAUCAAUCAUGUUUGUUGCAGAAGAAACUGUAUGUGUAUUCCUCUGCUCCUAAUAACAAUGAAAAGGUGUUUUUUGAGUGGACCAUGUAAAUUACUGCUUCUCCCAGACGCAUGACCAUGCUUCUGAAUUUCUUUAUUCUUUAUUAGAUCUGAACCAUUGGAUCUAUAUCCAUCUUGGGGUCACACUGUCAUUUGCAAGAUGAGUUGAAGAUCAUCUGGUUUCCUACCCUUGUGGCUAUUUCAGCGAGGCGACGACUGAGUUAGGAUGAGAUGGUGUUUCAUACACAUGACAAAUUGACAGCUGCAGUUUUCCAAAGCAGCAUUGAGACCGAGCCGGCGCAACUUUUUUUGUGAGGCAUGCUCGGUCCAAUAAUCGUAGUUCAUAGUCUAUGUGUGUUUACUUUGCCUGCCUCUCAAUAACGGAAGGCAUAGAAUGUUUGUAUGCUAGUGUAAUUGCUAUCUGGUAGUAAACUGACUGGAAACUUCUAGACAACUGUUGUUCUGGAUUCAUAAUAGAUUUGUAUCGGGAUAAGUGUAAAUUGUAGGGUGAACAAAAAAAGAUUUAACGUUAAUUUGAUAGCAUCUCUUUUAAUUA